AUGGACAACCUGCGGCAGACAGUCGAGGAAUUUGACCAGUGGUCUGAUGAUACACUCGAGGAGUUGGCCCGACUGGGCAAGGGCGUGUGCGGCGCGGUGUACAAGGUGCGCGACCGCCGGAUGAACGUGGUGAUGGCGCGCAAGGCGAUCACGACUCUUGAGGCCCUGACAAAAGAGCUGCUGCGUGAGGACGUGCAUUUCCCGAGGGACUCGAGCGAGCCGCCCUCCCAGUACUCCAUGAGCACCUUGAACUUGCUGCUGCUCGGACUGGUGUACGCGCCGCAGAAGUACACAAUGUUAGCGUGCUUUGGUGAAGCGCGAAAGUCGUGGAGGUAG